UAUUUUCCGCAGUCUUCCAAAUUAGGGAUUUCUAGUGGAGGAGUUAACCGUUUACAGUUGCGCUUAACAACAAGGAGACAGUGGAGAGAAAAGAUGGAGCAUAACGUGUUACACACUGUGAUCGAAGGCGUGCUUGUAUGCUCUUACGCUUUUGUUUUAUUCAUCAUUAUAACGUCCAGAGUGAAGGUCUUGAAAACUGCGUUUUACGUGAUAUUUGUCGCAACAGGAGUCGCUGAUCUAUUCGCCAUAUUCGCAAGCUGCUUCAACCGACUGAAUCGUCAACUUGGUCUGGGUCCGGAAUUCAAGACACUUGUUUCUUUUGUUAUAAUAGUCAGUGGAACCACGUUUCUCACCCACAUGAUCGGAAACAUGUUCCUCACGAUCAAUCGAUAUUCAGCGCUUUGCCUCCUGAAGAAGUAUGACAAGUAUGUAGUAGCAUUUGCCGCUUUCACGCACAUGAUAGGAGUGACAUUGCUGUACAAACAAGAUAGCAAUGGAGCCUACAUCUAUGCUGGAAUUGAUAUCAGUGUGAGC